UACCAAAGGAGUGAAGAGGUCUGACUUGAUGUUAUCCAUUAAGCCAAAAUUACCUCCCAAAGAUGCAAAGAGGGUUCACCGAUUCCCACGCUUCCUUCCUGUCCGUCUAAGCAGUACUACUGCAACAACACAUUCAUCAGCACGUCCUGUGGAAUCCAGUGCUGUGAAGGCCAGUAAACUCACCUCUGCUGAAGGUGAUGCAGCUGACCCUCUCCGGAUAAUUAAGUUUAAUCCUACUGUAGGAAGUAUACGAAUUGCAGAGCAUAUGGACAUCACAUUUAAUUGCUCCAUCAAUGUUCCCAAAUCAUUGAUCAAUCAAGAUUCUGCAAGUAUUUCCUUAUGGAAGAAUGGGAAAGAUCUUAUUGAUGCCGACAGGCUAGCCAGCCAGUAUUAUCAAUUUGAUGACAGUGAAGACAUCGCUAUGAUAUCUACUUUCAGUAUAGUCAACAUCCAGCGCUCCGAUAAUGGGUCCUACAGAUGCAAGGUGAAAGUCAGCAACAAUGAAAUAGUAUCAGACCCUAUCCUGGUUUUGCUGGAAGGGCUUCCAUACUUCAUUAAACAACCCCAGGGGCUGAACGUUACUCGGAACACACCCUUCAACCUCACCUGCCACGCAGUGGGGCCUCCUGAGCCCGUGGAGAUUCGCUGGCAUUGGAACAGCCGCCAGGUUUCUAAGGAGGAAAGGUCUCCAUCUGUCUUGAUGAUGCCAGGUCUUAACGAAACUGCUAUUUUCCACUGUGAAGCGCACAAUGAAAAGGGAGUAGCUACAUCAACUGAAGCCAGAAUCAAUAUUAAAGAGCUCCCAUCCCCACCUGUCGAAGUGCAUGUCCUGAAUAGCACAGCUCAUGCAAUCGUGGUGUCUUGGGUCCCAGGCUUAGAUGGCUAUUCACCUUUGAGCAGCUGCCGUGUUCAGGUGAAGAAUCUCACUGCCCCAGAUAAUGCUUCCGCGAUGACGUUUAAUAUCUCCACCCCACCCCAUCUGUAUCGUAUUCAGAAUCUAAGGGCUAUGAAGAAUUACAGCAUACGAGUUUCUUGUAUGAAUGAAGUGGGUUGGUCUGGCUUCAGCCCUUGGUUUAUGGCCAAUACAACAGAAGGAGCUCCCUCUGUUCCUCCUGGGAAUGUCACACUCUCCAUCAAUGAGUCAAGUUCUUCUGUGACCAUCACCUGGAUUAAGCCUCCUGAUGCACAGAUGAAUGGUGAACUUCAAGGCUACAGCAUCUUGUACAUGUGGCAGACUUCAGAAGUGUCUCAGAAUCACUCUUCCCAGACUGGCAAACACAGCACUGCGUUCCAUGUUCCAAUUAUGGCUACUAAUGCUACAUGCACAGUCCAAGUGGCUGCCGUCACAAAUGGUGGAGUCGGGUCAUUCAGUGAUCCAGUAAGAAUUUUUAUUCCAGGAAAUGGUUUGGUAUCUGCUGCCUCAUCUGGAACUUCAGAAUCUGGACUUACGGAUGUAUCUGUAAUCAUCCUUGGGUUUAUAUUUGGAGUUGCUGUCAUUAUCAUAAUCAUGUGUGUGUUCGUGAUUGUCAGGAGAAGAUUGAAAGAGGAGACCAAGUUUGGGUAUGCUUUCACUAGUGAUGAGUCAGAGCUGGCUGUAAAUUACAAACCAAAGAAGUCCUACUGCCGGAGACCUGUUGACCUGACACUUGGCAGUCUUGGUGUGAGUGAAGAGCUCCAGGAGAAGCUUCAGGAUGUUGUGAUUGUGAGGAACAACCUGGCACUCGGGAAGAUCUUGGGAGAGGGAGAGUUUGGAUCAGUCAUGGAAGGACAUCUCAGCAAUCCCGAUGGAACUACACAGAAAGUAGCUGUGAAAACAAUGAAAUUGGACAGCUUUUCCCAGCGGGAAAUUGAAGAGUUCCUUAGGGAAGCUGCAUGUAUGAAAGACUUUGAUCACCCAAAUGUCAUCAAACUUCUUGGUGUAUGUAUAGAGCCAAGUUCUCAGCAGGUUCCCAAGCCCAUGGUGAUCCUUCCAUUCAUGAAAUAUGGAGAUUUGCAUAGCUUCCUUCUUCGCUCAAGGCUUGGAAUGGGCCCACAGUAUGUACCACUGCAGAACUUACUGAAGUUUAUGGUCCAUAUUGCGCUAGGAAUGGAGUACCUCAGUAAUAGACACUUCCUCCAUAGAGAUUUGGCUGCUCGAAACUGCAUGCUACGGGACGACAUGACUGUGUGUGUAGCGGACUUUGGUUUAUCCAAGAAAAUUUACAGCGGGGAUUAUUAUCGGCAAGGGCGCAUUGCGAAGAUGCCAGUGAAAUGGAUUGCGAUCGAAAGCCUCGCCGACAGAGUCUACACAACCAAAAGUGAUGUGUGGGCCUUUGGUGUUACAAUGUGGGAGAUAGCAACCCGAGGGAUGACUCCAUAUCCGGGAGUGCAGAACCACGAAAUCUAUGACUACCUUCUCGAGGGACACAGGUUAAAGCAGCCAGAUGACUGUUUAGAUGACUUGUAUGAAAUAAUGUACUCCUGCUGGAGGGCAAAUCCUGCAGAGCGGCCCACCUUCUCAGAACUGAAGCUUCGCCUAGAGAAGCUGUUGGAAAGCUUACCCUCUCCGAGCGAACCUGACAGCGUUAUUUACAUUAACACGAGCUUGCUGGAGGAGAGCACAGAGGAGCUGGUGGAAGACUCUGAGUUUCCCCAGAUCGACACGGACCUGGAUCCUGACUGCAUCAUAGCAUCUUGCUCCCAAAGACCAGAGACUACAGUGGUCACCGUUGACAUCCAUGAAAGCCAUGGGAUGGCGGACAGAUACAUUUUAAGUGGGGCGAACGAGAAACAGCUUGGCAACCUGGGCAGAACAGAAGCGGAAGAUGUGCCUCUGUUCCCAGUCACAACUUCGCAGAAUGGAAUAUUGUGGUCUCAAGCUAACACGCUCCCUGUAGGAAGCACAUUGACUGAUGAACUCUUGUAUGCAGACGAUUCUUUGGAAGACUCUGAAAUCCUGCUGUGAAAGAAGGAAUGGGACUCAUCUGAGCUGCAACCCAGAUAUCUUUCCCAGGCAGGAAAUGUUUUCUUGUUCUCGUUCUGCAAAAGAUAGCCUUGUAUGUAGCAACCUCCCUGUGUUUUGUAGAGUGUGUUGUCUGGAGAUUCCAGCCUUUCCUGACUUCCCUGCCACCCAAUUGUGCUGAACUGUAAUUUCCAUCACUUUUUAAUCACCAUGACCGGGUUAGGGAAAUGUUUCUAUGGAGUGUCACAUUUUUAUAUUUGUAUAAUAAGGUAUUGUUAUAGAGAUUAUAUUUUAAUAAACAACACCCCGUUAA